UUGGGGGCAGCACAGAUCCGCGCCGGCGUGAGGACACCUGCACCCUCAGACCUCGUAACCGUUUCCCAGGGGGGGUAGGGGGGUAGGGGGUUGACGCGGCACACCCCGAGUAUCAAAGUCGUGAGCUGCAGUUGUUUUCGCCGGAGCUUCCGUAAGUCACAAUAAUGUUGGGCAGCGGCAAGUCACCGGCCACCAGUCCCAGGGAGCGGAGGAGGAGAGUGGCCGAGAAGACGGUGGACCCCAUCAGGAGGCCCGGGCUCCCGGACAAUGACGACAUUCGUGUGAUGAUGCAGGGCUGCAAUAUGGUGAAAGUUCGCUCUCCGAGGUGGCAGAAGAGCCGAACCCUGCGGCUGCUGGAGGACGGACUGACCGUAUGGUGUGAGUCCACCAAGAGCUCCCGCAAAGCCAAAGCCCGGCAGACAUUCGCUGUGACAGAGGUGGAGUGUGUGCGUGAAGGCUGCCAGUCCGAGGCGCUGAGGCGGCUUUCCGGGUCGUUGCCGGAGAACCGGUGCUUCACGGUGGUCUUCAGGGGAGCCAGGAAGAGCCUGGACCUGCUGUGCUCCAGCGAGGAUGAAGCCCAGCACUGGGUGCGAGGGCUCCGCACUUUAAAGGAUCGAGUGGCCAACAUGACUCAGAAGGAAAAACUGGACCAUUGGAUCCGAGGCUACCUAAGGCGAGCCGAUCAGAACCAGGACGGCAAGAUGAGCUACGAUGAGGUCAAGCGGCUGCUGCAGAUGAUCAACAUUGACUUGAGUGAGCAGUAUGCCCGCUCUUUAUUCAAGAGGUGUGACCGAUCAGGUGAUGGCCGCCUGGAUCAUAUAGAGAUUGAGGAGUUCUGCAGGGAGCUGCUGCGACGGCCCGAGCUGGAUGCCGUGUUCAGACACUAUUCGAGUAACGGUUGUGUGCUCUCCACGGCUGAGCUGCGCGACUUCCUGGGGGACCAAGGCGAGGACGCUUCACUGAAUCAUGCUCAGAGCCUCAUACUCACCUAUGAGCUCAAUGACUGGGCUCAGAAGAACCAGUUCAUGACCCAGAAUGGUUUCACCAUGUACAUGCUGUCACUGGAGAACGAUUUGUUUAACCCCGACCAUGCCAGAGUCUAUCAAGACAUGAGCCACCCCCUGGUUCACUACUUCAUCUCCUCAUCGCACAACACCUACCUUACCAAGGACCAAGUCACCAGCGCCAGCAGCACAGAGCCGUACAUCAGGGCUCUGAAUCAGGGCUGUCGCUGCGUCGAGCUGGACUGCUGGGAUGGGGACAAAGGUGAGCCCGUCAUCUACCACGGCCACACUCUCACCUCCAAAGUGCCCUUUAAGGAGGUCAUCGAAACCAUCGCCCAGUAUGCCUUCAAGGCGUCGCCGUAUCCUCUAAUUCUCUCGUUGGAGAACCAUUGUUCUGUGGAGCAGCAGGCUGUGAUGGCCAAACACCUCCGCGCCAUCCUCGGCAGCAAACUGCUCAUGAAGCCACUCAGUGACAACCGGCUGAAAGAUCUGCCUUCUCCCGAGGAGCUGAAGGGGCGUAUUCUGGUAAAAGGGAAGAAGCAGAUUCCUCACCUUGGCCAGCUGGGCAAGACAAGCAGCUGUGCCAGCUUCUCCUCAAGCUCUGAAGACGAGCUAGCGGGUAGCAAUAAGAACACACUCAAGAAGGAUCCCGCAAAGAUCUGUUCUAAACUGAGCCCCGAGUUAUCAGAGUUGGUGGUGUACUGCAGGAGCGUCCCCUUCCGUGGGUUUGAAAAGACAUCUGAAAAACCGCCAGAUGAAAUGUCGUCCUUCUCUGAAAGUGAAGCACUCAGGCUCAUCAAAGACUCGGGAAAGCUUUUUGUAAGACACAACAGCAGGCAGCUGAGCCGGAUCUACCCCUCCGGCCAGCGCCUCCAAUCAUCCAACUAUGAUCCUCAGGAAAUGUGGAACGGUGGAUGCCAGAUGGUGGCUCUGAACUUCCAGACACCAGGGGAGCAGAUGGACCUGAACCAGGGUCGCUUCCUUCCCAACGGUCGCUGUGGCUACAUCCUCAAACCCGGCUUCCUGUGCAGCCCCACGUCCAGCUUUAACCCAGAGAACACGGGAGGAGGCCCCGGUCACGUCCCCACCCAACUGACUAUACGAAUAAUAUCUGCACAGCAGCUGCCAAAAAUCAACACCGACAAGGCGAGCUCCAUUGUGGAUCCACAAGUGUGGGUGGAAAUCCAUGGGGUGGCUAUCGAUAAUGCACGAGAUAAAACACACCGCAUCGACAACAAUGGUUUUAACCCACGGUGGGACUGCACUCUGAGCUUCCAGCUGCAGGUACCUGAUCUGGCCCUGGUGCGGUUUGUAGUGGAGGACCACGACCACACUGCCAAAAACGACUUUGUCGGGCAGUUCACUUUACCUUUCUCCAGCCUUCGCACAGGUUAUCGACAUAUUCACUUACUAAAGGCAGAUGGUUCCAGUCUGUCUCCCGCCACGCUCUUUAUUCAUGUCAAAGUGAGCCGCAAAGGAGUCCCGAUCAAAAUUGUGUCCGAGCGUAUGGCCAUCGCCAAAGGGAUGGCAUGACGCGCAGAUGGAGAGCUGCAUUCUCCGACAACAAAGGGCUUUGGAGAAAGAGCUCUGAAUGUGAGGAGAGAGAGAGAUUGAUGCCGUUGCCGCUGCCGCCGCUGCUGCCGCCACCAGCCGGUCUCCCGGUCCAGGCCUCAAGUGGUCCAAUUUACACUGAGCCACUUCCCAAUGCAGGAAGAAAGAUGUUGUUUAUCAGAGAUGAAGAAGCAUGCCGGCUCUCAGCAAAUGAAUUGCCUAGAGCUGGAUAAUGAAUCCAUGAUACACUGUGGCAGUAUCUGGUCUUGUUAGCGCUGAGUGCUCUGGAAACAGGGCACUGAGGAUUGUGGUUUAUGAAACACACUGACAGGGGACUCUUUACGAAACUGACAUAGUUAAAUAUUGUUGUAGGUGGUUAUCCCAUAUAUGUUGGACAGAGUAAAAGAUGUAUUUCCUCUUUAAUCAUCUGGAGUACAUUUUUGAUUUGAGAAAUAUUUCAACAAUUUUAUACCUAAUAUGUAUUUGGCUUUAACUUAUAAAAUGAAGGGUAGUUUAGCAAAGAUAGCCCUAAUAGCUGUGAUUAAAAAAUGAUGAACAUUGUUUUACAAAUUGGUGUUUCAGCUCUAACUGUGACGUAAUACAGAUUUAAUACUGUGUCAGCGAUUGCCACAGGUUGUAUUGUGAAUGAGGGUUGAACAAAUGUUCAAAUAGUUAGUCUUACUUGAUACUCCAGAUGCUCUUACGUUGGCACUUUUAAUUUCUCUCAGGAGAAAGACUUUAUUUUCUGAGACAAAUGACGAUAUUUUUCCAGAACUUAGGAAUGAACUUGAAAUAUAAACAGUGUUAACUUGCGGAUUUACUUAUGUUUACUUACGCUCUUAAAAAUUUCAGUUGUUGUAUUUGCUUCAGCAAUAUUUCACACAUGUUAAUAUAAGGUGUUCAUUUGAAAUGUGUUUGACUUUUGAAGACAUCUGCAUGUUGGCUCCUUGCCUCUUUUCUGUUGACCCCCCCCAGCAUAAUUAUUUUUUUGUUGCCAAUUCUUGUCCUCACUUUCUGAUCUAGUAAACUGUGGUUAAACGCUAAUUGCAACGAAUCUAAUACAACCAACAAUUACUGCAGGCUACAGUGAAUCAUUUAAUACCCUUAUAAGGAGGUUCCCUGAUAAUAAAAUGGUUCGGUAAUGAAAGGUGCUGCACAUGGAUAUACAGUAAUAACAGUAUAUAUGAUCCGGAUGGGUUUCAGUAGUAAUUCUAGCGUGUAACCAAUGGUGAGUGACGUAUGAUUUUUGCAGUGUUAAAGCUCAUGGCCUAUGUCACGUGAAAGGCAGUUGAAAUUUCGUGUAAAAAGACAUACUGUUUUCAUAAAAGCAUUAAUUACACAUCACUGUGUCGGACCUUUUGUUGUUGUUUUUGCACAUGCUAUGAACCGAGAGAGAGAGACUGUGUGUGUGCAUGAGGCUGUGAGUGUGUGCCUACAUGUCUGCG